AAUUGUGAACCAAUCGAACUUCCGACGCCAGGAGCCCGUCGUUGGACAGCUCCGCCGUGAGCAAGUGAGGGUUAUCUACAUUUAGUAGUACUUGUCAAUACCUGUCAUUCACGGAAAAGAUAACAGUACCGUGUAAAUGCGAGCGACAACGAACAUGGACUUUACUUGCCGAAAUUCUAGCACAAGUACUGAUUAUUUGCUCGGCCAAUUGACUACAGCUAGACAAGAGAUUAAUAACCUAAGACAACAAGUAAAAAGCCUAAGGUAUAUAUUUGAUAAAGAUGUUGAUAACAUCAAACGUCUGUUGGAGUUACAAAAACAUGGAGAGACUCUUUCCCAAUCAAAAUUGAUAUCUUCGGAAGAAGCAAAACCUGGCACAAGUAAAGAUCAAGAUUCUCUUAAAUUAAGACCUAUUGGCAUAAUUUCUACCUGUUUUCCGAAUAAAAAAGCAACUCCAAGACAACCUGGCAUAUGUAAAAAAGUACCAGGAAAACUAACACUUUACAAUUCUGUAUUCACGAAUCCAGAUCAUGCUUUACAAGGCUUACAGGAUUUUUCCCAUAUGUGGAUUUUAUUUCAUUUUCAUAGAAAUGAUUCGACGCAUACACGUGCAAAGGUAGCACCACCAAGAUUAAAUGGAAUAAGAACUGGUGUAUUUUCUACACGUUCUCCGCAUCGACCAUGUCCUAUUGGCCUUAGUCUUGUUAAGAUAUUAAAAAUUGAAAAUCAUACAAUUUAUUUUGAAGGCGUCGAUAUGGUUAAUCAGACUCCUGUUCUAGAUAUAAAACCAUAUAUACCACAGUACGAUAAUCCAUUACAUAUCGAAAAACUGGGCAAUAGACUAAGAGAGAAUAACGCGAAUGCCUCAGAUGCGUUCCACAACAUGGAAGAAACCCUCAAUUUGAGCGAGGAUCAAUUAGUUGACUCUUCUAAUAAUGAUACAGACAUCAAUAAUGAAGAACAGACUGAGCUUGAUAUUUUGAGAGAUGAGGAAAUAGCUUUGAGACUCCAAGUAGAAGAAUUUCAAGCUUAUCCAAAUCUUAAUGGUUACGAUAUCGCGAGACAACCAUCUUCCCAAUUAGCAGAAGCUCAUGCUAAUACUUCGUUGCAAAAUGAUGUUAAUGUAGAUGUACAUAGAGGAUCAUACUUCACUCGUAAUAGAGCAUCUAAUGCAAGAUCAGAUUUAGAUUCGUCCAUCGAACGUAACGCAACGUUAAUAGUUGAAUCGCAAACAGAUUCUAUUAGAGAUUUAAAUAGUAGAUUACACAGAAUAGAUAUAAAUAACUCCAGUAAUGCGGAUUCAACGCGUACGGAAACGGAUCACGAUAAUGAAAUUAGUUACACUGAAAAUCAAACGUUACGCAAUUCGAGACUAUUAGACGGAGCGGAUGGACCGAGCACAGUAUGCGGUACCGAUAUAGAUUUAGUCAAUCGUCAUGUAUUACAUGCAAGAGUCGAUAAUUCUCCUGUGAGAAUGGGAAUACGCGAAGCACCCGAUGGAGAGGAGGGAUUCGAGUCGCAAACUUUGACGCCCUCGCGCACUUUACCGGAUAUUCACGCUGCAACAGCUAUACCAUCCGCGUCAAUAAAUGCAGCGACGGAGAGUAACUUUUCCGAGAUAAGAGUACCAGACUGGAUUUCGCAUCCUCGUGUAGCAACAUUGUCCGUGAUUUUCAAUGAACGCGCUUUGAUGCAGCUGAAUGAAAUUUUAGAUGAUAAAGUUGACGAGCAAAAACAAGCUAUAGAAAAUGUACUGAGGGAAGAUCCUAGGUCAGUGUAUUUAAGACAGAGAUGGGGAGGUAAUCAAUUCUAUACUUUUUUGAUACACGACCUGCAUAUCACAUGUAGAUUCGAUGAUAGCAGAGGUAUAGUUACUGUAUUCCAAGUUCGACAUGCAGGCCGUACUUGCGAUUGCGGCGAGCCUGAAUGGCAAUGCUUGGGACACUCUCCUUUAUCUUAAGGUGCUUGAUAUUAAUGAAUUUAAAAAGUGGAGAGUUAUAAAAAUAUUAAAAAAGAAAAAGAGAAAAAAUUCUAUUGCUGUGUCACGAUUUAGCAUACAAAAUAGCCCAAUUGUUAUUUAUUUCUUUUUAUGUUUUUUAUGUAAACAUUUUACUCUUGUAAAAUAAUUUAAUCCUUUUGUAAUGAUUAUUUAACUGAUAAAACAUUUGUUAUGAAAUGAAAGUAAUUUAAUGAAACUUCUCAUAUUUAAGUAUUAUUGCAAAUGUACGAGUUCCUACAUUUUGUUAUUAUGUGCAUUUACAGUUUAUAUCAUUUAUAUUACAAUUUGUACGAAGUAAAAAAAAAAAGAUAAAAAAUGGAUAAAUGUAUUUUAUGUAUUUUACAUAAAAUUGGGGAAAAAUGUUAUAUAUAUAUUUACGUAUACAUUCGUAUAGUAAAGUCUGCACCAGCGGAAAAUACCCAUGGUUCAAUAGGAUGAAAUAUGACGUCCAAAAUGCCAAAAUCAUUAUACGAUUCAUGAUUACACAAUCUUUUCAGUGGUACAAUUAAUGGAUUUUGUAAAAGAUCACUGGAAAAGAAAAUAUAAACGUCACGCUUUAUAUAUAGAAUAAAAUAUAUAGUAAGUA